GCUCGAGUACACUGCUCUCGAUCUCGUCGCAGAGCCUAGGCCCGUCCAUUUCAGCCCGAAACCCAACCAUUCAAAAGAAAGAAUGGUUAAUUGGAAACGACCCUUGACUCUCAUAUACCGAGACAACCAUAAGUUUGGAACCGCUCUCUACGAACCCACUCUCGAUGAAUGCGAGAGACGCUACACAGGUUCGCUGGGCAGGACCUCUUUCCGUCCGGAUAGACCGGAUUUGCCUUCUUUCGGAGAGAAUUCCAUCCUGCAAGCAACUAUGCGACGAGAUGGGUCUUCUUCAAGGGCUUCAUCGAGACCGAAAUCUCUGUAUGAAGAUCUGCACGAGCAACGACAGCUGAGCCGGAAUCGAUCGGCGGCUGCCUUGAACGAGGAAAGCGGCAGCUAUCUGACCGAAGACCGGGCUCGAACUCCGAGGAGGCAGCUCAAUCGUCGAGAGUCCGGCUCGAUCCGGGACCUCAAAUCCGAGAUCGAAGACAUCCAGACCAGAAUAGCCGAACGAGAGCGCUGUGCACGUCAGGACGCCUCCGCGCUCCGUGAUAUCAUGGGCGGCCGCGUGGCCGAGUUGACCGCGAUGCUUCGCCAAGCCGAGGCGCACAAUGUCGAAUGCCAGAAGAUACUGCACAGACAGGCUCAGCUGAUGAACGAGCUGCAGACCCACUGUCAAGAGUUGGACAGGAGAUUGGCCGACACCAUCGAUGAGCUCGCUGCAUCGAAUAACAAAUGCAGGAGUCUCCACUCGCAACUGGAAAGCCUCCGCGACUGAGUCCGCUCAAUCGAUGUAACUGUUCGGAAGGUCCAUCGCGAGCAGGAGAGAGGUUCAUUAUUAGUGAUUCGUGCUUGUAUAUAACCCUGGAUCAUUUGUCGACCGUAGAUGAAGGUAACGAUAAGUCCGAAU